CCGUUCUCCCUUGCUCAACAUAAAAAGAGUCACACAGCAGAAAAAACUUAUGAAUGCAAGCAGUGUGGCAUAGCCUUCCGCGGGUUUGCCAGUCUUACUAGACACGUGAGAACCCACACUGGGGAGAAGCCACAUAAGUGUAAGGAAUGUGGGAAAGCCUUUAUUUAUCCUUCCACCUUUUGAAGACACAUGAUAACACACACUGCAGAGAAGCCCUAUAAGUGCAGACAGUGUGGGAAAACCUUCAGUUAUCCCCAGUCUUUCCAAGGACAUGAAAAGACACACACUGGAGAGAAGCCCUAUGAGUGUAAGGAAUGUGGGAAAGUCUUCAGUUGGCCUGAAACCUUCCGAGUACAUGUGAGGGUUCACACUGGGGAGAAGCUGUAUAACUGUGAGUUCUGUGGGAAAGCUUUCAGUUCCCCCAAGUCCUUCCAGGGGCACAUGAGAACCCACACUGGGGAGAAACCUUACGAGUGUAAACAGUGUGGAAAAGCCUUCAGUUGGCCCUCAACCUUUCGAGAACAUGUAAGAAGCCACACUGAGGAGAAACUGUAUAAAUGUGAGAAUUGUGGGAGAGCCUUCACUUCUUCCAGAUCCUUCCAAGGCCAUGUGUGGACUCACACUGGAGAGAAGCCUUAUGAGUGUGCACAAUGUGGGAAAGCCUUUAGUUGGUCCUCAUCAUUACAAAAGCACGUGAGGAUGCACACUGGAGAGAAACCCCACAAAUGUAAACAAUGUGGGAACGCCUUUAAGUGGCCCUCAUCCUUUCGAAACCACAUGAGGAUGCACACUGGGUAGCAGCCCCAGAAAUGCACGUAAUAUUGGAAGAAUCUCUGUUAGGCCAUGCUUUCUAGAGAGAGAUUCAGUAACUGUAAGUAAUGUUGGAAUAUCUUGCACUAAUUCAUGUAUUAUACUCCGGGAAGGAAAUAUGGAAGUUGUAAACAUGGUAUUGUGUUUGUCAUUACCUCAUUUAACCCUGGACCCCGAAAUAGUGAGUUUCCGGUUCUUUCACAAAUAAGUGCUCAUGUAAGAACUCUUAAGUCCUCCUUCAGCGAGGGUGUGGAAGUUUGAAAAGUGUUUUGUUUUUUUGCCCGAUUUUUCAAUUAAUACCAUUUUCUUUCUUGGUAGUUUAUUUGUGCUACAGUAGUGUGAAGUGUGCUUUUAUGUGACACAGAGUUUAAUUCCUACAUAAUGUACUGUAGUGUGAGUGCGUGACAGUGAGCAUCAGAUUAUAACGCAGCACCUGACAGCACUGCACUGCUGCGGCUUCUGUGUCAAAGACCUCCAUGUGGACUAAACGUAGUUGGCUGUAGACUGCGGCUACCAGCAGAACCACCCAGUACAGAAGCAGGCCACCCUCCACCAGUGAAGUUCCUACUAAAGAGUCAACCUGCAAAACCCUGGGCAUCCCACCCUUGACCCCAAAACAGGCAGAACACCAGGUCCGCAUUCACUCUCUUACAGCCUUGCUGUGUGGCCCCAGGUGUGCUGUGUACUUCCCAGGACUUGAGAGUAAUAAACCUUGUCCUUCUGGGUUCCAUGAUGGCUAUUGCUAAGGUGCGUCUUCCAAUUAUAAUAAGAACCACGGGGAGUGGAGGUAGGAACAUACUUCACGCUUCAUUUCUUGAUGGUUAAAAGGUUUAGGCCACGCGGUAUGCACUUAUGACUAAAUGGCCGUCACAGAGCAGGGCUUUCCAGUGCUUUGCACAUGGGUGUGGGUGUUUGAACGUCCUGGUGGCAGAACUGCAGGCUGCACUCGUGACCAGCUCUGGGGGCAGUGGGCCACUCCACUGGCCUCUCUUGCAUGCCAGCCGGGAUCUUGAUUGGUGGCUAUGAUGUUAACACUGUAAAUGCUGACUUUACUACUAGGGGUCUGAGUAAAUUUUCAGUGAUUAGGAAAAGUGGGUUUAGCAGUCUUUGUUUAUGCCCCUUGCACCAGGAUGGAUGGAGUAAAAUGGACAUAAAUGUUUAAUGUUUACAGUUAUCAUAAACAGUACUGCAGUCAUCUGAUACACACUGUUGUAUUGCUGAUUGUAAUUCCCACCCAAAGCUGUUCAUUUGGGGAGAGCACAGCUCAGGCACAGUGGCCUCUCCACCCACUCCUGACAUCGGGCUCAUGGGGUUGACGCCCUGCGGAGUUGUGCUCUGCUUCCUGGCAGCCUGAGCCACCUUCCCUCCCCUUUAUCCUGGAGCAGACACUGUACUAAGGUGAUGGAGACAUCUCCAGAAACAUCGUCAUCUCUGGGCCACAUCAGGACAAAAUGAAUGAAAGGUUGUGCAAAUCUAUUUUUGAAGACUUAACAUUUCAUCUUAAAUGGGAUGUGUCUGGGAAAGUGGUAGGAAAACAUUUUUGUGUGGAAAUGCUUUUAUUCCUCUUCCAUACAGCCCUCAGCCCUUGCACAGGAAAGGUCUGGAUGAGAGUGGGGGCUUGUGUCUUGCUUUCCCAACGUGGGCCCACGGGCCUAUUCCUCUUAUCCUUCUGUGAGAAAUCUUGGCAAUGAUUGUGACCGUGUGCUGAGUCCUGUACUUUGGGAAUGCUGUGGCUACAAGACAAAAGACCAGCCAGUCUUCCCAGUGGGACCCUGUUUGGGGCAUCCUUAUCCUUGGGCACCAGCAGUGUGUCUCUCCAGCGCCCGUCCUGAGAUCUCUCCCAGCUCUGAAGUUCCCACCUCAAGAACAGAUGUGUCCUCCUCCUGAGAAGCACCACUGGAGAUGCACACCUGCUUCCAUUAGGGAGCAGGUCCCUAAGGCUGGAAACAGUGGCAGGAUCCAUGUCACAAGCCACAGCAAUCCCCAGAGCCAUACAGUCAGCUCAACACAUGCACAAUCACAUACAACAGUGUCAGAACUACCAAGGAUAUCACAAAGGUACAUCAUGUGCCCAGCCACCCAAUGUCCCUCAGUCACCCACUACUGGUUCUCUUGCACAGCCCAGCCUGACCACUUUCUUUGUAAAACACCAAAGAGAAACAUACGUGGGGAGAACAUAAAAACUACUCAUUCUCCAGUUUCAACUUAAAUAUUCUUUGAAACAUUAUUAUUUUCUCAUUAUUUUAGUAUUUCAAGUAUUUCAAAUUGUUACCACCUUUUUCAAACUCAGGGAGACAUGCAUGGACGGAUGUGGUAACUUUUUAACGGCACAAACCUUAACCUUAUCAUCAACCUUAACAGCAUAUGGUUCCCCUCAGCAGCAGUGCCUUUUCUUGGACAGUAACAGUAAUUAUCAUACAUUAAAGUAAUCCAGCGCACGAAAAAAGGCAUCCCAAGGGGAAUUUAAAGGUACUUGAGAGAAAUGAAAAGGAAAAUAAAACUUACCAAAACAUACAG